CCAGCCCCUGCCCCCGGCCCUGACUCUGUGACUCUCUCCCCAGGGGACGUGACUCUGGAUCCAGACACGGCUCAUCCCAACCUCGUCCUGUCUGAGGAUCGGAAACAUGUGAGACUUGGAGACACACGCCAGGAUCUGCCCGACAACCCUGAGAGAUUUGAUAAAUAUGCCAUUGUCCUGGGCGCUGAGGGGUUCGCGGGAGGUAGACGUUACUGGGUGGUGGAGGUGGGAGGCCAGACAGCCUGGGCUCUGGGGUUUUGUAGGGAAUCUGUGAGCAGGAAGCGGGAGGUCACACUCACACCUGGGAAUGGAUACUGGGUUGUGUGGCUGAUGGAUGGGGGAUACAAGGCCCUCACCUCCCCCUGGACCCCCCUCCCUGUGAGCGUCAGGUCCAGGCGUGUGGGGAUUUUUCUGGACUAUGACGUGGGCGAGGUCUCGUUUUACAAUGUGAGUGACAGGUCCCAUCUCUUCACUUUCACUGGCACCUUCUCAGGGAAGCUCCGCCCUUAUUUCAAUCCCUCUCUAAAAGCUGGGGGUACAAACGCGGCUCCCCUGAUCAUCUGCCCGGUCCCAGCUCAGGCCGGAGAGAAUCUCUGUCCCUGACAGCAACACCCGCGGCACAGAUUGUCCCCUCCUAGCGCUGCUGCUCUUCCCGUCCCCAGUGGUGGGGGCCAGUUAUUGCAGCAACUGGACUUUUUGUGCUGACCGGACGCUGCCAGUUUCCCUCUUCAACUGGAGCUUCCAGUCAAAAAACAGACACCUGGCAACUCCCAGCUCUCACCUUUCCCCGUCCCCUGCCCCAGGGGUAGCAGAUGGGGGUGGAUGGGGUCACUUACCCCUGUCAGAAUUUUCUACCCCUGUGAAAGCUCAACAUAAAAUAUGAAAGGAAAAAGAUUAUUCUAAUUUAGAAAAUAUUAUUGUAACAAGGUGUAAAUACAAGAAUAUUUUAAUUUACAUUUCAACAGUAUUUCAAAACCAAGCAUCUAAACAUAUUUUUAGA